CGACAAUGCGUGGAGGCUGGCCAAACAAAACGAUGUCGCCAUUCAAAAACUCCCGACCCCACAACGCCUGAGCGCCAUUUUGUUCUUCUUCCUGCUCUGCUUCUUCAAUCUCUGAAAAAGCCCUAAAACCUUUACUGGAAACCCUAGAAAUUAGUGCUUGAAAUGGACAUGCAGAGGCGCGUGGUGGUGUGCACUGAGAACGAGGGCCUUGUGGCGUACAUGUGGAGCAAGAGGCAGGAGCUUGCGGAGAAGCCCAAAGGGAUCUCCGAGAACGUUGACAUGACUCUUUCAAAGGCUUACUCGAAUAUCUGCAACUCCAAAAACCCAAUCAAGACCCUCAAAGACCUCUCUCAGAUCAAGGGUGUGGGCAAAUGGAUCCUAAGACUUAUGCAAGGGUUUUUUGAGGCUGGUUCAGGUGGUUCUGAACCAGAAGACUUGUCUAAAGAAGGUAAAAGAAGGAAAGGAACCAAACGUUAUGUGCCACAAAAGAAUUCCGUUUCAUAUGCCUUGUUAAUUGCCCUUUACAGGGGGAUUGCAAAUGGGAAGGAAUUUAUGCGUAAACAGGAGCUAAUUGAUGCAGCUGAAGCAAGUGGACUUUCUCGGGUGCCAAUUGCGCCAGAAAAGGGAAAAGGAAAACCGGGGCAAUUUGGAAGUUCUCCAAGGGAUUGGUAUAGUGGGUGGAACUGCAUGAAGACAUUGAUAACCAAGGGAUUAGUUGUUAAAUCGAGUUGCCCUGCAAAGUACAUGCUAACCCAAGAAGGUCAGGAAGUAGCACAUGACUGUCUCAUGAGAUCAGGUCUGGCUGAUCUAGCAGAUAGCUUGGCCAACACAGAAGGCUUUUCUGAUAAGGGGGUGAAUGGUAUGCCAGAUCUGGAUUUGGUUCAACUUGACACAGAUAUAGAUGUGAUGCCCACAUCUAUGGGUUUAAGUCAGCAGAAUAAAUUACCAAUCAAAAGAAGUCGGCAGAAGAAAUCAAUUGAUGUUCCAUUUGAAUCACUUGAGAGGUUUAUGCGCAUGGGAUACUCUAAGGAUCAAGUUCUUAGUGCUUUCUCUGAAGUUUCGAAGAGUUCUCAGAAGAAGGAGAUCUCAUCACUCUGGCCAGCAGUUUUGUGUCAUCUUCGAGAGGACCAAGUUUAUGGUUGUGGAGAUGUAGUUGGAAGUGAGAGUAGACUAACAGACCAUUCCCAUGAUGACGGUGGGCAUAUGCCAGAAUUAUAUUCUAAUAACACAGCACCAAAUGCUUCUACCUUGAGAGCUUGCUCAUCAUCUUCAUGUGAUCGCCCUAUACAAAAGUCAAGGAUGGAUGGUUUAGAAGGAAAUAUGAAUGUUUUAAGCAUGCCACCUCUAAGCUUUGGGGAGAGAUUUGAGGAUGCAUAUGAAGUGACCUUGAUAUUGGAUGAUCGAGAGCAGUUUGCCACUCAGGGCUCGCGGUCUAGGAGAAUUAUCGAGAAUAUAUGUAGUCAAUUCAGAAUCAAAAUCGAGGUUAGACGGUUACCAGUUGGAGAUGGAAUCUGGAUAGCUCGCCAUAAAUAUGUUGACAGUGAAUAUGUACUUGAUUUUAUUGUUGAAAGGAAGAAUGUUGAUGAUUUACGCUGUUCCAUCAGGGAUCAUCGAUAUAGGGACCAAAAACUGAGGCUUUUGAGGUGUGGACUUAAGAAGCUGAUAUAUCUUGUGGAGGGUGAUCCAAAUUCUUCCGAAGCUGCCGAAAGCAUUAAAACAGCUUGUUUUACUACAGAGAUUCUGGAGGGAUUUGAUGUGCAGAGAACAACUGGUUUGGCUGAUACUCUAAAGAAGUAUGGUUAUCUUACCCAAGCAAUAUCUCACUACUAUGAAUCAGUGUUGCCUGAGGACUGCACUAAGGGCGCAGGAGUAUGCCCUCCUUAUGAUGAAUUUGUCAAAAGGUGCCAAGACCUGAAUAAAGUUACAGUCAGCGAUGUGUUUGCAAUUCAACUCAUGCAGGUCCCACAGGUUACAGAGGAUGUCGCCAUUGCUGUUUUGGAUUUGUACCCAACACUUCUAUCUCUUGCCCGUGCCUACUCUCUUCUUGAGGGCGACCAAAGUGCACAAGAGGAGAUGCUUAGCAGGCAGAGUAAAGAUGUGAUCAAUUUAGCUGCUAGUAAGAAUAUAUUCUACUUAGUCUGGGGCAACUGAGUGUUUUAAUCCCCUCGAACUAACAAGGCUUCAUGGGUCCCGAAGGUUGAUUUCAUGAAGCAAAAGCAAUCUGCUUCAAACUUCGAGGAGAUUUUGCAAUAUGCAAUGUAAAUAAGAGAUAGAUUGUGUACUGUGUAGGGUUUGUUGAAGAGCUUCUUAAGUUGAGCAGUGUUCUGUUUAAAUGUUAGGACUUGAACGUUAUUUCACAUUUUCUAUUGAAAUGUUCAGAAAAGAUAUGCCAAUCAA